GGUGGUUUGAACAGUGGCUCAUGAUCCGCGAGCGGCUCAAUCCAACAACGGAUCUUGUGUUCUUCACCGAGAACCACACAAAGAUCCAGAAGCUGCUCACCUACAUGCAAUUUGCCUGGUCAGACAUGGAUCUGCCAGGCAACCCCACCUUCACUGACUUCCGGACCUCCAUAGCGACCUAUGCCAGGAACAUCCUCUCCCCCAAUGCCCGGCAGAAAAUAGCCCACACAAUGUGCCACAACACCUCAACCGCGGACAAGUACUACGCACUUCACCUGACCGCAUCACAACUGGCCCGCAUCCGUGAGGACUUCGAGCUGGCCAUUAAACCGGUCCAAGCUUUAUCCCCGCUCAAGGAAGAGAAACUGGAGCUGACUUUGUCUGAGUCCUCCAGCGACACUUCUGUGGAGUCAGCUAAGGGAAAAAAGCCACAUAUGGAGGAAGUCAGCUCAAGUUCAACUUCCGAAUCCAGCUCAUCAGGGACAACCACAUCUGGAAGUGAACAGUCCGGGUCAAGUUCCACCCAGUCCUCCGGGUCCACCAGCGAAGAGUCCGGUUCUUCCCCCUCCCAGUCCUCCGGGUCCACCAGCCCAGAGUCCGGUUCUCCCCCCUCCCAGACCCAGGCGCCCUCCAGCGAAGAGUCCGGGCCACCCGCCUCCCAGACCCAGGCGCCCUCCAGCCAAGAGUCCGGGCCACCCGCCUCCCAGACCCAGGCGCCCUCCAGCCAAGAGUCCGGGCCACCCGCCUCCCAGACCCAGGCGCCCACCACCGAAGAGUCCGGUUCUCCCCCCUCCCAGACCCAGGCGGCCUCCAGCAAAGAGUCCGGGCCACCCGCCUCCCAGACCCAGGCGCCCCCCAGCCAAGAGUCCGGUUCUUCCCUUUCCCAGUCCCAGGCUCCCCCAGAAGCAUCCUCCAGCCAGGAUGACCAAGUUAAAAAGAGAAAAAGAAGCGUAAGUCCGCUGUUGAGGUACAGCUUGAGACAGCGGAAACUUAGAACAACCCCUCAAAGGCGCAUGUUACGUGUAAGGAAGGCUCAUAAUAAAUAGUUUAUAUAUAUUACUUAAAAGCUUUUUUCCACUAAAAGAAAGUGGAAUUUAAAAAACCUGCAAUAUGUAAACAUACCACUUUGUUGUGACAACGUUUUGCACAUCUUUAUUCCAUUUAAUAUAAGUGUUUUGGUUUGCUGUGUUUAUUGUAGAAUUGUGCACUUUCUAAAAAGAAAACAGGUAACUUAUACAUACAUAGAGAAAUAUCUAUCUAUCUAUAUCUAUAUGUAUAUAUGCAUAUAUUUAUAUUGUUGUUUUAAACAACUAUUUGUAUUG